UAAUUUGAAUUAAUUAUCUACUGACUCUUUGAUAAGAUUAAUAAGUGACUAUUGACUACGAAAUUAUCAUAUCAUGUAUUGUAGUGCAGUGUUAUAGUCGAGUUAAUACAAAAUGGAAAGCGUUCACGAUUACGUAUCAUUAAAAUUCAGCGAAAUCACAAUGGCAAACUGGGCAGCGAUCGGAUCCAUUAUCCUCCCCAAUGCCGGAGGCUGGGCCAACGGUUUGUAUUUCGCUGGUCAGGUCCGUAAGGAUGGUGACAAGGCUUGGUAUGACACCCUGAAGAAGCCUUCAUGGAACCCACCGAAAUGGGUGUUCGGACCCGCUUGGACGGUGCUAUACAGUGGCAUGGGAUAUGCUUCCUACUUGGUGUAUGAGGAAUGCGGUGGAUUUACUGAUGAAGCAGUUUUACCCUUGACCUUGUAUGGAGGUCAGCUCUUACUUAACUGGGCAUGGACGCCUAUCUUCUUUGGCCUAAAGGACUUUAAGUUGGCCUUCAUUGAAAUAUCUGUACUAAGUGGAGCAGCGGUAGCCACUGCAGCUAGUUUUUCAAAUGUGAACAAAACUGCAGGACUAUUGAUGUUGCCCUACCUUGCAUGGCUGGCAUAUGCAAGCUCCCUGUCUUACUACAUCUGGAAGAACAAUCCUAAGGAAAUCAAAGACGAAAAGAAGCAGUAAAUAUGCAGAAAAACAAUGCACAAAAUAAAAAAAUCUUUUUAAUCAAUAAGCGAACAAAUUGAAUUUGUCAAAAUAAGUAAUAUAGAAUGUUUCGUAUUAA